CAUAUUGUGUUUUCAAACAUCUAGAAUGUUUGACGGGAACCAAACAGAAAAUUUAUUUUCCUUGAUACAGUUGGUAAUGCAGAUGCUUGCAUGAAUGAAACCCUCCCAAUAUCAACAUAAAAAUCGGCUCUUACCAAAGCAUUGACAUCAAAUUACAACCAUGCAAGCCAUUCAAACAUCACAAAACUGUAACAAAUUAUUACACCAAUUCAAACUCUCUGUCUAAUUCGUACGUUCCAAUAUUCUAUAUAUCCACCAACUAAUCAAGGGAUCGAGAGAAAUAUCAGAUACACACACACACACCCCCUUUUGCUUGAUCUUCAUCAUCUGAGCGAUCUCUUUAUUAAUUCUUUUCCAAUUUUAACAAAAAAUGGGCUGUGGGGAAUCAAAACCAGAAGUUGCCGCAGGAAACACCAUCCUCAGCCACAGGUCAUCCGAGCCUGAUCCUGGUUCCAAGAAGAGCAAAGACAUAGAAACCAUCCCCGAAGCAAACACCACAGAUAACACCACAAACUCAUCGCUGCAACAACAAGUACUUGAGGCCAAAAACGAAGACAACAAGGACUUGGGCGAGGCAGCAGUUGCGGCGGAUGUCAAGAAGAUAGAUGAAAACACGGCAGCGAAGGAAGGAGGUGAUGUAAAAAUAAUAGAUAACGGGAAAGCUGCCGGGAAGGAAGCAGAUCAGAAGGAAAAUGAGGCCGUAAAGCUGGUGGGAGAGAAGGUGAUCAAGGAAGCAGAAUCAGAAACGACGGUCGUAGAAAAGAAUCAAAACGCUGAUAAUAAGGAGGAACAGGAACAUACGGCUGAUACAUGACUACCUACCAAGAAGGAUAUAUGAGAUCACAAAGUGAAGGAAGAUUAACAAGAUAUCAUGAUCAUGUGAAGUUUAAUUUUCAUGUGCUUAAUUCAUUUGUUUAUCAAUAAAUUUAUGUAAUUUGUAAGUUUAAAUGUUUUAGAUCAGGCUUCUACUUCUUUACCAUA